ACAGUAACUUUCACCUACAUGUAAGUAAAACCUAUUUGGUUUCUUAUGCUAAAACUUAUCAUUCCAUUCAAAACCUUUCGCCAUUUUUUCUUAUCCCUUCCAUUUUCGGCAAAGAUGGUCCUGUUUUAUUCAGAGAUCUAGAAUUCAAAAGGGGGAGGAGUUUUCAAAAACUAAAAAAAUUAGGGUUAUGGCGAGAGGCAAGAUCCAGAUCAAGAGAAUUGAGAACUCUACAAAUCGACAGGUGACUUAUUCAAAGAGAAGAAAUGGUCUGUUCAAGAAGGCUAACGAGCUUGCAGUUCUCUGUGAUGCGAAGGUUUCCAUUAUCAUGUUCUCUACUACCGGCAAGCUUCAUGAGUACAUGAGCCCUUCCAUUACAACUAAGCAGAUGCUAGAUCAGUACCAGAAGACAGUUGGUGUCGACAUAUGGAGCACUCACUAUGAGAGAAUGCAAGAACAGCUGAGGAAAUUGAAAGAUGUGAAUAGGAAUCUGCGUACUGAGAUAAGGCAAAGGAUGGGCGAUUGCUUAAAUGAUCUAAGCUUUGAGGAAUUGCGAGGUCUUGAACAUGAAAUGACCGAUUCUAUCACGGUUAUUCGCGAGCGCAAGAAUAAGGUGAUUACCAAUCAGAUAGAAACCUACAAGAAAAAGCUAAGGAAUGUGGAAGAAAUACAUAGAAAUCUUCUGCAUGAAUUUGAUGCAAGAGAAGAAGAUCCGCAGUAUGGACUAGUAGAUAAUGGAGGGGAUUAUGAGUCUGUGAUUGGUUUUCAAGAUGGAGGAGCUCGCAACAUAUUUGCUCUGCGGAUGAACCCUAACCAUCUUCAUCAUGCACCAGCAGAUCUUACAACCUACCCCUUGCUCGAUUAGUAUUAUUUCAAGAACCUCAAAAUCUGUCGAAAUUAUAAAUUAUCAUAUGAUCUCUAAUUGUAUAAUGAAUAUGCAACUAACUGAUCAUCUUCGUUUAUUUUGCUUCCUUUUUUUGGUUGAUGCUAUUGUGUAAGUUGAAAUUGUUUUUACUGUUUCCUAAUAGUUUCUUCUUUUCCUUCUUA